AUGACAGCAGAUCCUUUGAUUGCAUACUCCAUGAUGGAAAUCCCAGCUACGGGUGAUUCUAUGGAGAUGGCCUCGCCUUAUCAGGGGCAGGCUGACGACUUUGACAUCGACAUCGACCUGAUGGAGGACAAUGUCUCGAAUAUGGACAGUGAUAUGAUGGGUGCAGAUGAAUUUACAACUACUUCUCAGCAUAACGAACUCAACAAUGACGCGAUCUACGAUGCUGAUAUGGCCGAUGAACCCUCCGAAGGGUCGAUGAUCGACGCUGACAACUACGCCGAUGAAGACAACGAUAUUGACGUACAGUUUGAGGAAGAGCCGUACGAACAAGAAAUGAUUGAACCCGAUCAGACCGAAGACGUCAGUAUUGCCGCUCCCGUUAUUCAUCUUGAACCUGCGGGCAGUAAUGAAGACGCCGCCAGCCCCAUUGAGGAGGAUGCCACAAUCACAACCGUGGAACACCUCGAAGCGGUACCUCAAGGCUCAAGUGGCUCUGUCGAACUUGCUCCCGUUCAAGACGAAGUCCAGGCCGCCGGAGUUGAGGCCCCAGAGACUCAGGCUGAGCCGAACACGGCUGCUGCUGAUGACCUUGUUGAGGAACCAUCCGAAAACGUCAUCAGCCCCGAAACUAGCGAUCAUCACGUAAAGGCAGAUAUUGGUGAAGAGGCUAACAAGAUAUCGCAACCUUCUGUGUCAGAGACUGAGGUACCCGAAGUUCCCAACGAAGGCCUAAAGACCAGUGAAAUCAAACCUUCCGCCGAAGAUUCCCACGCUGAUACCGCUGCGGACCCAGAGGCGCAGCCUGUGCCUGAGGGAAACCAUAAAGUUUCAGAUGUGGAUGAAUCUCUUCAACGGGUCACAUACAUAGAUGAACCUCUUCAUCCAGUGAAAAUUCUCUAUCAGGACUGCGAAAUCGCUCUGUUCCCUCCCCUGGAGGGAGACUUGGCGGAUACAUUCUUUAUUGAAGAUGAAGGUUUAGCAUACGACAACAUUGGUCAAAUAUUCAAGGCUCUGCGACAGGUGCUUCAAAGAACCAUGACAGGCAAUGAGGUCUUGGUCAUCGAUAUUGACACCCUCGGUAUCCAAAUGACAGAGGACUCAUUCCAUACAUCUCAAGUAACCCUGCAUCAGAUCCUAGAUCUUUACCUUAGACUUUGUCGUAACGAUGGCACUACCGAGCCCGAUGCUCUUUAUCUUACACUGAGCACCAAGCGUGCGUUCCCGGCUGAAAUCGCAGAUCUCAAUGAUGCCGCAAUUGACGGCAAAAAGCUUUCCGAACUUCAUGCCGAAAUUCAGUCAUGGGAUGAAUAUGAUGAAGCCGAGCCAGGUUCUGAGGGGGAUCUUGACGCCCAUGGGGCCGAAGAGCACGAAGACGAAGUCUACUACACCGCCGAGGCCCAAAAAGAGCUUUCGACCGCGGAAGUGCAAACGGCUCCAGGGCCCGAAGAAGAGCAGGCGCUAGAUAGCGAACCUUCUCAGGUCCAGCCCGAAGUUGUCUCUGACCCUCAACCAGAGAUCGUGCAUGUGCAGGAUGAGAAUAGAUCUACUUCCAGUGAGCAGAGUGCCGAGGCUGCACCUGAGUUUGAAUCUCAUCUAGCCCAGCCCGAGAGCAAAGAACCAGAUCACUCUGAUGUGUCUCGCCAGCUCGAAAGAGCCCAAGACCAAGAUGAAGGAUACGAUCAUGACCAUGGCGAUACGAACGAAGAGCACUAUGAUUCUGAGGGCCCACAAAGUGAUUCUACUGCUACUGUAGCUGCACUGCCUGGCGCAAGCGAGGUCAAAGAGCGCACCCAGCAUGUCCCUCCGGAUGUUGCUGUGGACACCGGCACAGAUCAAAACGAGGAGGACUAUUACGGAGAGGACCACGAGAACGAUGGUCUUGGAACCGAAGAAUACUACGAGCAUGAAGACAUCGGCUCGGCCGAUGAUUCAGAGGCUUUCCAAAAAGAUAUCACUGGCAGUGAACAUGCUGAUGCUGAUGCUCAAGAACCAGUUGAUCAUGCGUCUGUCCUUGAUGAAGAGGACACAGAUGAGUUAGAUGCCCCGCCGACGGACGAAGUUGUCUCGGAAAUUCCUCUGCAGGAUCAUACCACUCGCCCUUCCCUUGACCAGCCGGCGCCGCCGCGUGACAGCGGCUUGCAUGACGCCUCUGAUAGGAAGGAGCAAACACCAGAGCCUGCAGAUGAUCUACUCGGAAUCGCUGUAGACCUGAUGCAGACUCCUCCGAGGGAUACAGAGAACGAUUCCCUCGAUCACUUUGAGGGCAUAGACUACGACGACCCUGAGGAUGAGCUCGAUGCUCAUGUUUCAGCUGAUGAUGAGGGUGCGGAUGAUCACGAGUUUGACGAGAACCAUUUUGGCGACUAUGACACCCAUUUUGAAGAAUCGGAGACUGUAGAGCCGGUUGGAACAGACCCUUCCCUGACCGACCCCCAAACCAACCAGAUCCCGUCUGCCAAACGGUCCCGCGAAGAUGAAGACGGAUGGGACCUGGUGGAAACCACUGUUGACACCAAACGUCGCCGCUCUUCGUAA